GGGUUUUUGGAAAUGAUUUAUCAUUAGAAAGGAUACUUUGAGGAUAUUCAUAGGGUUUAUAAUAAAUUAUUAUUUUACCUUUGAUACUCGUUUAUUCUAGCGUCUAUUGACGAUACAGAAAAGAAUGCUAAAGCACGUUCAUAUAUCUCCCUUGCGGAAUCGUCUAGAUUCAAUUUCGUUACGUUCAUCAGCAACGCUAUCAAGUUCUUCUUCAUGCACAACUUCGUUAUGUGGUAGCCCGGAACCUCACAGUGACACACAGCUAAAUACGCAGUCACGAUCAUCCAGCUACACGAGCCUUACAGAAAGCAUUUCCCAGACGACGUUGAAAGUUUACACUGCGUGCCUGAGACUUGACAUUGAAUACAAGACUUUGGCUGUAUCUUGGGACUCGACUGCUAAACAAAUCGUUACUCAAGUUCUACGCAGAUGCAAAAUGCGACAUCGCGACCCUCGAUUAUUUUACUUGUCAAUGGAAGUGAGAAUUCGAAGAGCUGAUGCACGAACCAUGUUGACACUUGACGAUUCAGCUCGACCUGCAAUGCUCCAAGCUUGUCAUCCAGCUGGAGAGUCGAAGUUUCAUCUUCAAAUGAAAAGUGGUGGACUCAUUCGUGUACACACUUCGGCACUUCAACAAACAUCGCAAUAUAAAAGUCUUCUGAUAUCAGAACAAACAACUUCCGAUGAACUUUUGACUCUUCUGCUUUCUUGUUACAAUUCAACGGAACCAGUCGAAGAGUUCUCACUCUACGAAGUUUGUCCAGAUCAAGAAUAUCAACGUAAAUUGCAUCCCGACGAUCUGCCGUUGCGUGCUCAGAUCCAACGGAAUCAGAAAGGAGAAAAUUGUCAUUUUCUUGUUCGACGAAUCCGAAACUUGUCACGUCGGACAAUAAAGCUGGAAGACACAGAAGCACUUACCAAAUUAAACUAUUCGAUGACUUUAAUACCAUCGACACCAACAGAAAUGUCACAAACUGUCACCGACAUCAAACCGUUAGAAUGUUUGACGGAAAACACCAAAGCUUCUUCAUCUUCCACAUCAUCACCGUCGUCGUCGUCUUCAACGCCAUCAUCGAUUGCGGUCUUUAAAUCAAAAUUCUCAAAACUCGAAUCAUGUCUUUGUAAGUUGAGUUUACGUUGUGAUUAUAACGACGAAGUCGAUGUCAACGGAAAUGUCGUUUCACCACAAAAAUUCCAACGUAACUCAAGCCCGCCAAUCCAACAUUGCAUUCAUUGCAAGCGAAAGUCAUCGAUUAUGUUGAAAGGCUUCCACGAACCACUCAAACAUAAUCCUUCUACUUCCGCCAAGAAAGAUGACAAAUCCUCGACUUCGUCAACUUACAAUCCUGUUUAUAACGUUCGUGAGAUUCGAAGUGUCGGAAAUUCAUUUUCAUCGCUAGGAAUUGAUAAAAAAUUGAUGGAACUUGAUGCAAAAACUUUGUCUUCUUUAUCGUCAUCAUCAAGAAGACACAGCGUCGCUGUCGAUGAGAUUGUCAACGCUCACCCGUCGAAAGGAAUUGGAAACUAUCUUUACAUUUAAGAAACGUUCCUUGAUCCAUUUUUGAUGGCACUAGUCAAAAAUAUGUUGAGGCGAACAGGAAAUUAAGCUUUUACACGUUUUAAUGAAGAUUUAUUUUAUGAGAUGACUAAACAGCCUUUUCCAUAACUUUAGUCAAUGUAGGUUUAUUUAUAUAUGAAGCUAAUGAUUUAUUUUCGAAAAUAAAAGCGAAACAUUUUCAUUCUUGUAUCUUAAAUGUUAUCGACACGAAAUAAUUUAAUGAAGGUUCGUUAGAGAAUACCAAAGAUUGAACUUAUUGAUUGACUUUCUUCUAAAUUCAAUUUGAAAUAAAGAAAAAAAA